UCCCUUGUUAGUGCACCCAGCAAAGAGAAUUAGAUGUGAAAGCCAACCUUUUUAAUUUCGAAGGGAAAAACAGAGUACUUGGUCUUAUAUAUGCAUGUUUGAAAAGAAGAUGGCCUGCACUUUGCGAAACAAGAAAGUUUAACCAGCCAUCCAGAACAAGAGCAGAAGUCCAGAUGCCUAAUUAUCAUGCAAUGCAUAGAGGAGGUUUGGGCGGGAAGAGAAGAGACAGCAGUUAGGAAUUGGGAACGCAAGUCAAGGUAGGUAUUUUGGCUUUAUAGGAAAAAAGUAGCCUUAGAUUCCUUAAUAGAGUGGUUUAUACUGUUAGAGAUACAAAUAAGAGAGAGGAAAUGCUUUAUAUGAAGGAAAGGAAGAUACCAAAACCUUCCCCGCCGAUUAGAGCUAAUUCUAUACCUUGCCAAUCUUGAUAAUCCUGAAAACAUAGCAUCCCCUUUCACACCUCCGACCCCCUACAUAAAAAGUCUUUUCCGAAAAUCCAAAAGCCAAAGCCCUCCGAAUUAAUGUUGUCAUCCCGCACCCAAUGCCCAAGUCUAAUGUUGUCACCCAGCGCUCAAUCCAGAAGGAGCGAAGGACCCAUCCCUUGGUUUGGUGUGCCGCCAUCAUCUGCACCAUCCUCAUCGUCGCCGUCAUCAUUGCCGGCAUCGUUACCUUCAUUGGGUACUUGGUUAUACAUCCCAGGGUGCCUUACAUCAGCGUCGCAAACGCCCACCUAGACCGGAUACAGAUUGAUUAUGCCGGCGUGCUGGAAAUCCAGGUUACGAUAGUGGUUCGAGCUCAGAAUGGUAACAAGAAGGCGCACGCCAGUUUUUCGGAUUCCAGUUACAUCCUUAGCUUGAACGGGGAAGACCUGGCGAGGUUGGUUGCAGGCCCCUUCGAAGUCGUGAAGAACAGUUCGGUCGAUUUUCAUUAUGUAGUUCAAUCAUCGCCUAUACCCUUGGAUCCGGAACAAGCAGACGAUGUGGACGCGGCGUUGAAGAAAGAUUUGAUUACGUUCGAUUUGAAAGGAAAAACCAAAGCCAGAUGGAGAGUUGGCCUUCUCGGCUCAAUUAAGUUCGAGUGUCAUCUCAGUUGUCAGUUGCAUUUCCAUGUUUUCAACGGAACCUUUAUUCCUUCUCGCUGUACUUCCAAGGCCAAAUGAGCAUCAUCCGUCCUUAAUUGUUCUAUUUUCUUCCCAUGUAAUACUCUUUUUCCUUUUCUCUUUCACUAUAGACGCAACCCAACUCAAGCCUUCUCUCUAUCUGUGUGUGUCUUAUGUUCAGCAUCAGCAGGCAGGGCUUCAUUUUCCUUCAUUAAUUAGAAACAAAGGAAUCUAGGGUUAGUGAAAUAAGUUAGUCGAUUCCAUUAGUAUUAAUUUUUACUAUAUCUUUUGCCUGGAAAUAAUUACGAAUUGCCUAGAAAUACUUCAUUAUUAUCAGUUUUUCGAUUC